AUGAUAACAACACAGAGGAACAAGUUUGUCGUUGGAGUCACUUUCCAGGGGUCUCCGUUUCUCCAGCUGAGGAGAUCUUCAUCGGCUCAAAACCUCCAAAUCCCCGGAAAGAAAACAGACCGUUCCUCUGCAUACACUCCAGGAGAACAGCCCUGUAGUCCUGUAUUAACCAGGGGUCUUCAGCGUGCCUUGAGUGUAGAGGAUGUGGGGCGGCCCAGUGCGGUGCGUCCGGUGGGACGCGUGGCUCAGGCCUUCCCUGACGGCACCAUCCUGCUGGAGCUCUCCAGACCCCCCAACGGCCCCUUCGGCUUUCUCAUCUCCCGAGGAAAAGGCAGGCCAGACUCAGGGGUGUACGUUGAAGAAAUGGGUGACAGCAAUAUGGAGAAACUCUACGCGGGGCUGCUCGGGGUCGGGGACGAGAUAUUAGAGGUGAACGGUGAGAAGGUGGCGGGACUCAGUCUGGACCUGGUGACCCGUUUAAUGACUCAAAACAGCACAGCUUCAAUCCGCGUACUACGACAUAGACGCUUACAGCGCUAACUGAAGUCAAGACUGUAUCAGAACCACGUUUUGUUCCAGUCAACAUAAAUGAAAACUGCAAAAAAGCAUCAGAAAUUAAGUCAGGGAUGAGUUCGUGAAAACGGCAGUAUUACGUUUUACUGACCUUUGGAGUUUUAUCAUAAUGAUCACACAAUGGUCCAUAUUAAAGGGAUAGUCACCAAAAUUUUUAUUUUUUUAUACAUUUUGUUCCAAUUCAGUUUCAUUUUUUUGGGUGAAUUCAUCCCUGAAGCCACUGUUAUGGCUAAAGGCCUGUUCACACCAAAAACAAUAACUAUAACAAUAAUGACAAAAGAUAUAGUUUUAAAAAUCAUUCUAAAGUCAUAAAAAUAACACAGUCCACAACUAUAAUGAUAACAACACAGAGGAACAAGUUUGUCGUUGGAGUCACUUUCCAGGUGAUGAACAACAAAAAAACAUUGGCAGCCAAUCAGAAUUCAUCCUGCUUUAAACAGUUCGAGCAUUUAAAGAGGCAGAUGACAAAACUGCAGUGCUCGUUUUAAACAGAUUGUUAUUGCAUGUUGCUGUGGAUGCUAAUAUAGUUCUGUCAUGACAACUCUCUGAGAGUUUAGCAUGGGAAUAUACAUGGCAAUGAUAAUGUGUUUAGUCUUGGCGGAAUAGAUCUGCUAUGCUACUGCUGCGGCAGAGCGAGUACAGAGACUUGCUACUGCCAA